CGUUCACCCUGAAAAUUAAAUCACAUUUCCGUAUCCGUGUUUGGUCACGUGACAUUUGAUGUUUUCAAGGAGGAACUUUUAUCAACAACCGCUAGCAUAAUGAUUUCUUCUAAAUAUGUACAUUACCGUAGGUCUUUUAUAAAAGGUGGUUACCAUGGAGAAAUCGGCAGAUAUCAGCAUUCAAGGAAUGCACUGCAAUUCCUGUGUUGUUAAUAUUGAAGGCCAUAUCUCUAAAGUGAAAGGAAUCAAACAUAUCACAGUGUUGCUAGCUGAAGAGAAAGCAGUUAUUCGUUACAGUCCCACUGAAGUAUCCCCACUUGAUGUUGUUGAAAAGAUUUGUCAACUUGGCUUCAUGGCACGAGUUAAACAAGUAAACCCUGCUAUAGCAUUGGAAACAAAAGAUUCUGAACAAACUUUAGAUUUUCUCUUUCAAAAACCAUUAACUGUAUCAGAAAAGCAGAAUGCUGAAAGCAAGCUGCUUAGUAUUUAUGGAGUGAACUCUGUUGAAUUUUCAAAAGACAAAGACUUAACUGUAUAUUGUCAAAAUUCAAAAAUUAGUGGACUUCAAAUUUCAGAAGCUUUAGAAGCUAUUGGGAUUGAGGUUAACAUGAAAAAAAUGAAUCAAACACAAAGCUUUAUAUCUGAAACUAUUGUUCAAAUUGAAGGCAUGACUUGCCAGUCAUGCGUUCGCACAAUUGAAUCUGAACUCUCUAAAUUCCCAGGUGUAGAUUUUAUUUCAGUAUCUUUGGAAGAAAAACGUGCUAUUAUUCGAUAUGACCAGAAGGUUACUAAUCCACAGGCCCUUCGCAACAAAAUUGAUGACAUGGGCUUUGAAGCAGCUUUAACUGAAAGUGAUUCUUCUGAUGUAGAUUUUGAUGAAAUUGCCAAGCGCAAUGUCCCAGCAGAAAAUAUGUGUAUUAUCAAUAUUAAAGGAAUGUCUUGUAGUUCCUGUGUUACAAUCAUCGAAAACACAAUAUCAGAGAAAGCAGGCAUCAAUAAAAUAACUGUGUCACUAGAGAACAAUAAUGCUCUAGUGAAAUAUAAUCCUGAGAAGUUUAGUCCAGAAUCAAUUGCUGAAGCUAUAAGUGAUAUGGGGUUUGAGGCCGAGGUCUCCAAGGGAGAUAAUCCAGCUGCCUUUAAUCUGAUUGCCACUGUUGUAAUAAAUAUUAAAGGAAUGACAUGCAAAUCAUGUCAGAGCACAAUCCAAAUGAAAAUCUCAGAACACUCUUCAGUGAAAAGCAUUGCUGUUUCACUGAAGGAUAACAACGCUGUGAUUGAGUACUAUCCUGAUACAACAUCUCCUUCUGAACUCUGCAAUGCCAUUGAUGAUAUGGGUUUUGAAGCAAGUGUAGCAGAAGAGAAAAAUAGAAAUAGCAUGGUUAAAAGCCCUGAGACAAAUGUUGCUAUUGAUGUUGGCAGCUCGAUUGUUCAUUUCAGUAGCAACGAUGAUGCACUUGAAAAUAUAGAAUAUGAAAAAUGCUUCUUUGUUGUCACUGGAAUGACAUGUGCAUCUUGUGUUGCUCUCAUCGAAAACAACAUUUCCAAAGUUGAGGGUGUACAAAACGUCCUUGUAGCAUUGAUGUCUCAAAAAGCUGAAGUGAAAUAUGACCCAGCUUACAUUCUACCAUCCCAGAUUGGAAAUAAGAUUAGUGCCCUAGGAUUUGGAGCUACCCUUCUUGAAUCAGAGUCUCUUGGUCAGUCUGCAGUGGAAAUAAUUAUUACAGGCAUGACCUGUUCUUCCUGUGUCCAUCUUAUAGAGUCAACUCUUCUCAAGAAGAAAGGAAUAGUCUCAGCUAAUGUAGCCCUGGCUACCUCAAAAGGUGUAUUUGAGUUUAAUAAUGAAACAACUGGUGCUAGAGAUAUUAUACAAGCCAUUGAGGAGCUUGGAUUUCAGGCCACAUUAGCAACUGAGAGUGACAACAAGGCUGCCCGGUAUGAUCAUCGCAUGGAAAUUAGAAGGUGGCGCUCUUCAUUUUUUUGGUCGUUAUUGUUUGGUCUUCCUGCCAUGGUCAUCAUGAUGUACUUCAUGUUCACCAUGCCUGCUCAUGAUAAUCUACCUCCAGCUGGAAAUGCCACAAACGUGACCACUGUAGCUCCUGGAACAUUCAGAACCCACCGCAAACAGCUGAUGGUUUGUGCUGGUCUUUCCCUUGAGAACUUAUUGCUUUUCAUAUUGGCUACAGCUGUACAGCUUUUGGGUGCCCGGUAUUUCUAUGUACAAGCUUAUCGUUCCCUGAAACACAAAUCUGCCAACAUGGAUGUACUUGUGUGUCUGGCAAUCAGCAUCUCUUAUAUAUAUUCCACUGUUGUUGUUGUUGUUGCUAUAGCUUUAAGGGAGCCUUCUAGUCCUGUGACAUUUUUUGAGACAACCCCAAUGUUAGUAUUAUUUAUUUCUCUUGGUCGAUGGCUGGAACAUAUUGCCAAGGGCAAGACAUCAGAGGCUAUUGCUAAACUCCUUUCCUUACAAGCUUCCGAAGCACUUUUAGUCUACAUGAAAGACGGUAACAUUAUCAAAGAAGAGACAAUAAAUGUUGAUUUAGUGCAGAGAGGAGACAUAUUGAAGGUUCUUCCUGGAGAGAAAAUCCCUGUGGAUGCAAAAGUUAUAGAGGGUUUGUCUUCAUGUGAUGAAUCUCUAAUCACAGGAGAAUCUAUGCCUGUCUCCAAAAAACCUGGGUCGUCUUUAAUUGGUGGUUCCUUAAACCAACUCGGAACGUUGCUGAUAGAAGCUACACAUGUCGGUACAGAUACCACACUGUCACAAAUUGUUAAACUUGUAGAGGAGGCUCAAGUUUCAAAAGCUCCAAUCCAACAGUUAGCAGAUAAGAUUGCUGGUUAUUUUGUUCCAAUGGUUGUGUUUGUCUCUGUGCUCACUCUUAUCAUUUGGAUUAUCAUUGGCUAUCAUGAUAUUAAGUUGAUUGACAAAAGUUUUAAGGAAGAUGGUCCUUUGACAAAACAUGAAUUGAUAUUCCAAUAUGCUUUCCAGUAUGCAAUUACUGUUUUAAGUAUUGCAUGCCCCUGUGCUCUGGGUUUGGCCACACCCACUGCUGUAAUGGUCGGUACAGGGGUUGGUGCCACUAAUGGCAUUCUCAUCAAAGGCGGUGAACCUCUGGAACUGACACAUAAGGUGAAGAACAUUGUGUUUGACAAAACUGGCACCAUCACUCAUGGAAUACCCCGUGUGGCAAGAAUCUGUACUUUUGUUGAGAGUCAUGUGUGUUCAUUUGUGAAGCUACUUGCUAUUGCAGGAACUGCAGAGACCAGCAGUGAACACCCUAUUGCUGCAGCAAUUGUGAAAUAUGCUAAGCAGACUCUUAAAACAGAAAUACUUGGCAAUGUGACUGACUUCCAAGCUGUCCCAGGUUGUGGAUUACGUUGUAAAGUUUCCAGAGUUGAGCCAUUGUUGUCCAACAUUGAUAUUGAGGGUGUUCACAACCGUAGAAAUAUGGCUGGUAGCCAAAGGGUUAAAAUUGAUAACAUUCUUGGUUUAGAAGACAGUCCAAUAAUUGAAAGUAUGGACACUAUUGGUGCUACAGCAUCUCAAACCUACGAUGUAUUCAUUGGUAACCGUGAAUGGAUGCGACGUAAUGGACUGGAGAUCACUCAUAAAAUUAACAGCAGUAUGGAAGAACAUGAGGAACAAGGUCACACAGUGGUGCUUUGUGCUAUUGAUGAUGAGUUGAUGGCAAUGUUAGCUGUGGCUGAUACUGUUAAGAGUGAUGCUCAUUUAGCUGUCAGCACACUGAAAGACAUGGGUCUUGAAGUGAUUCUUUUAACUGGAGAUAAUCAAAAAACUGCGAGAGCAAUUGCCAAACAGGUUGGCAUCACAACUGUAUUUGCUGAAGUCCUUCCAUCUCACAAGGUGAAAAAAAUCAAGCAACUUCAAAAGUCCAACAAAAAAGUUGCUAUGGUGGGUGAUGGUGUUAAUGAUUCACCAGCACUUGCUCAAGCAGAUGUUGGAAUUGCAAUUGGCACAGGAACAGAUGUUGCAGUUGAGGCUGCAGAUAUUGUUUUAAUUCAGAAUAGUCUUAUCGAUGUUGUUGCUGCCAUUAAAUUAUCAAAAAUGACUGUCCGACGAAUUAGAAUUAACUUUUUUGCUGCUUCAAUUUACAAUCUAUUGGGUAUUCCAAUUGCUGCUGGUGUCUUCAUGCCAAUUGGUCUGUCUCUCCGACCAUGGAUGGCUUCUGCUGCCAUGGCGUUAUCUUCUGUUACCGUUGUAUCCUUAUCUUUACUUCUCAAAUUAUUCCAGAAACCCACAAAGAACGAACUCCUCACGCAAGAAUACUUUCGCAAACAUUGUGAAAGAGAAGUUGAAAAUAUCUCCGUCCACCGUGGUAUUGAUGAAUGUCCUCCAAGUCCGAAAGGCAGUCGACAGGGCAGUAUCUUAUCACGGCUGAGUGGCAAGUCAAAGAAGCCACCGACAGCUGAAUCUAACAACUUGCUUCAGAUGGACCCCACAGUUGAAAUUGAAGCUUAGUUCCAUCAUCAUCAUCAUUAUCACUUUUAUGUCUCCUUUUCCAUACUAUAUGGGAUGGAUGGGUGUUCCCCACCACAGUUUGUCAUGUUAUGGUUCUUUGUCAUUUCCUAUGUGAAGUUCAGCCUCUUGACAUCAACAUUCACCACUCCUUCCCCUAUUUUCCUCACUCUUUUUCUACCACCUGUUCCCUCUACUUGCAUUGCUUGGCAAUAGUUUACUCAGUUCUCCUUUUCCUCUGCACAUUACAUACUUCUACCAGUGCAGUCUUCUCUCUUGUACAUUAUAUCGGAUUCUUCUUAUACCCAGCUUUUCCCUCAGUUCAUCUCUGCUGUUGUUUAUUGUUCAUGCACAUCUAUUGGAGCACACUUAUCUCAUCUUAUUUCUUUCCAUCCUCUCCAUUCAAGGGCCAUGUUGUGCUGUUUCCUUUGUCAAUAUCAUCUUUAUUAACUUCAUCAUUAUCAUAAUCAUCAAUAUCAGUAACACACACACACACACAUUUUCUCUCUCUCUCUCUCUCUCUAAAUAUAUGUAUAUAUAUAUAUAUAUAUAUAUAUAAAUAAAUCUGUGUAUGAGCAGUGGAGUUAGCUCUGUUAGUAAAGAACUUGGUUAGUUUUAUUUUUUUAUGGCAUUUAGUUUGGCAGUAAUAUUUCACAUUUUCUGAAUUCAAAUCCUUGGUGUUUCCUUUUGAUUUUUUUUUAUAUAUAUAUUCCCAUCUUCUUAUCUGCUCUCACUUUCUGUCAACAAAAUAAGUUAGUUAACAACAAUAUACUGGGAAUUGGCAGGAGUUUUUGUGAACUGAUCCUCUAAUAGUUGAGAAGAAUUCACAUAUGCAUGAGACACGUGCACUUACACACACACACACACACAUGCACACACACUAUGUUUGUUUGCAUGCAGAUACUUGCUUGCAUACAUACAUACAUACAUACAUACAUAUAUAUAUAUGUAUAUAUAUAAUGGAGAAAUUGUACAAAAUGUAUAAAUGGAUGAUGAGUAAAGCACUGUCACAGUUUCGAUUAUCUGUUGUUAUCCAUAGAUUUACUGCAGGGACUUCAUAGCUUCAUAGUGAUGGUUGGGGUAACAGUAUUAAUUGAAUAGGAGAUGGAAUGUGUAAUAGAUUUUAUUGGGUACAGCACCUUUUGACCUGUUCUGGAUCUCUUCAAGUCUCACUAGAGAUUUCUUGAGUCGGCUUACGUACUGCUAUAUGUCCAUCAAAUUCUUUAAUUUGAUGGACUUAUAGCGGGCUCAAGAAUUAAGCCAACUCAAGAAAUCUCUAGUGAGACUUUUUAUUGAUGUACCUGAAGAGAUCCAGAAUGGUCAAAAGGUGCUGUACCCAAUAAAAUCUAUUACACAUUCCAUCUCCUAUUUUAUUAAUACUAUUUGUAUAUACACACACACACACAUAUGUAUGAGACAUAUCAAAACAAUACUGUUUAUAGUUUGUUGAUGAAGAUUUUGGUCCCACCUCUGAAGUAACUGCCCCAAAUUAAUUUAAUGCGUAAUGGUUGAAAUAGGAUAGUGAUUUUUAUGACUCUGCAUUUCAAAUUCCAAAUCAGUGCAACCUCAUGCUUUGCCACAAAAAAAAAUAUGAAAGAAAAAAAAAACUGACAAUAUUAAGUACCAUUCCAGUCAUGACCACGCUGUCUUUAUUUAAUCUAGGGCUACACACAGUGAGUGAUUUUGAGGGAGAUUUAGCUGUUAUUUUUAGUUGCUUGAGUGACAAUGCAACAGGCUUCUUCAUUUCAUUGUUUUUUAAUGUUCCAAGUGUGGUGGGGCCUAGAAAUUUUCUCUAUUCAUUUUUUUUUAUUACUGAAGCUCCCCUCAUCUAUUGGUUCAUUUAUGCAUGGAACGAACGUUUUUGAUAACUCUUCUUGCUCAUGGCACCAUCAAACAGACACUUUUAUCUGUUGCCAUUUGUAGGGUUCAUCUGUUGCUAGUUGCGGGGUUCAUAUGUUAUCCAGUAAAAGGUUAAUUUGUUUUCAUAUCACUUGUUUUAGCCCCAGAUCAGCCCUCAACAACCAGACCUAUGUUUAAAGUCAUUCUAUACAUGUCCAUCUUAUCUUCUAUUUUUAUUUUAGAUAUGUAAGAUCUACAAAAAUUUUUGUCCUUUUUUUAAACAUUAUAGGGUAUGAUUUAGAGAAAACUUGGCUGCUACAUCUAGAAGGUUAGACAACUGCAUGUAGACUCACUUCCUCUGGUGUUUGUGUGGCACAUAGAGAAUUCUUCACAUCUCACAGUAUUUGCAGCUAGACUGUAUUUGUUCUAUAAUCAAAUUUGUGUACAAUUAAUGAAGUUCACAGAUUUAAUAGCAAGAAAUAAAAAGGAAGUUUGAAAGCCUUUUAUGUGGACUAACAUGGAGAGUGAAUAUAAUUUGCCACUACACAGUAGUCAAACUGAUCAUGGGAAUGUGAGCAGCAUUCACAAAUUAGUUCUCCUCUUUCAUCUCCUCCUUAUAAUCAAGUCAGUAUUUCACAUGUAGGAUUGAAUUUUUUUGUGCUCCAUGGAUGACAAACCACGGAGGAAUGUUUUAACAUAGUAGGUCCUGUAUCUUUUUACACACAUGAGGCAUAAACUUUAGACAAAAACUUAAAACACACAUAUGCACUAAAAUCCCACCAUGGCUCUUUAUACCUUUUCUGCCCCCUCAAAUGUGUCCAGGAUACAUGAAAUAAAUAUCCAUAAUGUAUCAGGGUCAAUGCAGUUGACUAUAUCUUCUUCCUCCAACAAAACUUGACUCUAAAAUUUAAAGCAUAAAUAACAGUGAGCUGGUGAAAUUAUAAGUUCAUCAAAAACAAAAAAAUGCAUUACUUUGUAUUUGUUCUGGCUCUUUACAUCCGGAGUUCAAAUCCUGCUGAGGUUAACUUUGCCUUUCCUCCCCCUGAAGUCAAUAAAGCAAAAUAUCAAGCCAAAAACUGGGAACAGUGUAUCAGCUAACACUCUCCCUUAAUGGUUGGC